CCGUCGCCGCUGCCUGUGUAGCUGCAGGCGCGGCCGUCUCUCGCCAGCUCGCUCCGGGGAAAGAACGCGCGCGAGCUCGGGCGUCCCCGCCCCAGCCUUUCCCGGAGCCAUGAACCCCAACUGCGCCCGGUGCGGCAAGAUCGUGUACCCCACGGAGAAGGUGAACUGUCUGGAUAAGUUCUGGCAUAAAGCAUGCUUCCAUUGCGAGAGCUGCAAGAUGACACUCAACAUGAAGAACUACAAGGGCUAUGAGAAGAAGCCCUACUGCAACGCACACUACCCCAAGCAGUCCUUCACCAUGGUGGCUGACACCCCGGAAAACCUCCGCCUCAAGCAACAGAGCGAGCUCCAGAGUCAGGUGCGCUAUAAGGAGGAGUUUGAGAAGAACAAGGGCAAAGGCUUCAGCGUGGUGGCGGACACGCCCGAACUCCAGAGAAUCAAGAAGACCCAGGACCAGAUCAGCAACAUCAAGUACCACGAGGAGUUUGAGAAGAGCCGCAUGGGCCCCAGCGGGGGCGAGGGCCUGGAGCCCGAGCGCCGAGAUUCCCAGGGCAGCGGCAGCUACCGGCGGCCCCAGGAGCAGCAGCAGCCACCUCACCACAUCCCGACCAGCGCCCCAGUUUACCAGCAGCCCCAGCAGCAGCAGGCGGCGCAGUCUUAUGGCGGGUACAAGGAGCCUGCCGCCCCGGUCUCCAUACAGCGCAGCACCCCAGGCGGGGGCGGGAAGCGGUACCGUGCUGUGUACGACUACAGUGCCGCCGACGAGGACGAGGUCUCCUUCCAGGAUGGGGACACCAUCGUCAACGUGCAGCAGAUCGACGAUGGCUGGAUGUACGGGACCGUCGAGCGCACCGGCGACACGGGGAUGCUGCCGGCCAACUACGUGGAAGCCAUCUGAGCCCGCCGGGCACCACGCGCCCCCAUCUGUCUUCAGUGCAUUCCACGGCAUCGCAUCCGGCAUCGCAUCCGUCCUGGGCGUGACCUGUCCACCCUUCAGUGUCUGUUUUUUUUAAAUCUGCGACAGCUUGUUUAUUCCUACCCUCCUCCAGCUUCUUUUGCCAACCGAAGCCUUGUUCUGCCACUUUCGCGGGCUCCUUCCUCGGGCAGGUUUUUCCUUUGACCAGCUUCUCGGUUUUCUCUCUGGAUGGAACAGGUGUGGACUUCUCUGGGGGGGUGAGGCCGGUGAGGCUGGUCUGGAAUGGGAGACCCGCUGGCCCCCAGGCCUCUGCCUUCUCUCUUUUCUGCCCCCUCAGACCCUCCUGCCCACCUCCUCACACAGCCAAACAUUCCAGGGCUGGGGUGAGCCCCAGACCCCCAGGGCCCCCAGGGCAGGGCUUCAUACAUUCCCGGGAGUGAGACCCCACUGUCCUUGCCCUUGGGCUGGAGCUGGGGACGGGUGGGGGGCUGCCACGGCGUAGGGACCAGUGAGACGGGCUUCACCUCUGCUUCUCGGGUGGGCCACGGGCCCUCCAGGGAGUCUCUCACAGCCUCCUGCUCUCAAGGACAACACAGGAGAGUGAGGCUCCCGCCUGGGACUCCUGCAUCCUCCCUCGCGUGUUUCUUCUCACACUGUGAUUCUGCCUGCCUGCCGGCGCACGGCAGCAUGGGCGAGGGGCUCCCCGGGAGCACGGCUUGGGUUGAGUUCUCACCUUUCUUACUCUAGGGACCCCUGCAGGGAGGAGGCGAACAGGGUCUUCUCUCCCGCAGUCCUUUGCCCUCCCCCCAGCCCUGAUCUCCAGGGAUCCUGGCUGGCCUCCUUGGCUGGAAGCUGGUUCUGAAAGGUGGGCAAGGAAGCCUUAGGCCUCUUGGCCUUCAGCCCAGCCCCUGAGAUCUGAGUUAGGUGGGCCACUCCUCCCUACUGCUUGUGGGAAGAUGUCUCGGGCCAUCUAUAGCCUCCCCUCCCCGGCCUGGUGCCAAGUGGACUGGAACUGUGCAAAGCCGCAGGACCCUCUGUAUCUCCAGGACUUAGUGUGUGGGGUGGGAGCAUGUGUGUUUGCAACAGGCUAGUGUGAGCAUGAGUGUGAGCCUGAGUGUGAGAGCAGGGGCCAGGGCACUGGCCUGCAGGAGUCUGGGCUUAUGUGAGGGUGCACAGAACUGCCUUCCCCUGAUAUCUUCCUCAAAACCCACAGUGAAAGGGGAGGGCCCUAGGGGAGAGAAGUUCCUUGUUCCUUUGGAGUGAAAAUUCCUCCUUUCCUUCCAUCCCUAAAUAGAGGAAGCCGCCCGCCCCCGCCCCCAGUGUGCUGGGCAGAAGCAAGGGGAUGAUUGAGAAGUUGGGGGGCUGGUGAUGUACUUGCUGGAGUACGGGGUGGGGGGACAGCUUCGUGCCUCCAGGCACUUUCUCCUCCCCCAUCUCUGUCUUGGGCUGCAGAGUAAGGGGCUAGAGGCCCCUGUGCCACCCACACUGUGGUGCAUCACUGGGGGCCUCUCUCCCCAGGCCUCCCCCUCGCUUACUUAAAGCCCCCCUUGGCGCAGAGGGAGAGGGUCCCAGGGCUACAAAACUGGAACCACAGACCCCGGGAUGAGGAAGGGAAAGAUGGUGCUAUCUCCAAGUCCCUUCUCCUGCUCGGUGGUGGCUGUGACGACCCUUGCCUGGCUUCAUUCAUCUCUGGGCUUUCUUGUCACCCCUCUGGGUCUCCCCCUCCCGUCGUCACCCUGAGUCCACCCAGGCCCCCAGUGGACAUCUUCGCAUCCUUGUACCCUGCAGGGGAGGAGGGGCCCGUAGGCGCAUUCAGCAGUCAGGUCCUCACUGUGAGCUGACUUGGGAAUAUUUACCCCAAAUCAGAGGGUUGAGGAAAUGACCAGAGGAGGAGCCCUGCCUGACCAGCCCCUUUUCCUCAGCCCCAGCUGAAGUGAGGGCGGGUGGAGUGUCUUAUACUGGGCUAUUUGGGGAUGAGGGAGCAGAGAGGGAACAAUUUGGGGAGCCUUGUGGGAGGCGCUGGUCAUUCCGUUUCCUCUUGAUCUCAAAGCACAACAUUGAUUCUGGGACCAAAGUUCAGAGACACAUCCUGUUGGAGGACCUGCAGUUGGGAGGGUAGUGAGAGGCCAGGAGGAGGGCCUGGAGGAGCAAGAAGCAGCCUGUUUUCACUCAGCUUAAUUUUCCAUCCGAAAUAAAGCAAGCCAGCCACAGGGACCUUGCCACCAGCCCCUCUACUCCUCCAUCCUUAAAAUAGGGGACCUUUGCUUACACACCCCCAGGGAGAGAAGGGACUGUCACACUGGUGCUGAGGGACCCAGGGGCUGCUGGGAGUCCUUGUUCCUUUCCAGAACCUUCCAUCCCUAGAAGAGCACAGAACCUGAGGGCUGGGCUGAGUCCCUGGUCUUUUCUUACGGUUCGCAGAGGUCUUUUAGCCAAUCUAAUCCCAGGAAAGAAGAUGCAUCAAAACUAGAAUGUGAAUAUAACUUUAGUGGACCAGUAAUAAAAUACAAGAAGCCCAAUGGUGAGAAAAGCAAAUUCUCAACACUGCUUCCUGUUUUCUUCCUCAUGUCCCUCCAGGGAAAACUACUUUAUUGCUUAAUUUCUGCCUUUUCCCCCUCACAUAUGCACUUUUGGGCCUUUUUUUUUUUAAUAGCUGGAAACAAAAAAUACCACCCCACAAACCUGUAUUUAAAGAGAAACAGAAAUGACCAUGUGAAAUUUGCCUCUGUCCAAACAUUUCAUCCGUGUGUGUGAAGCCGUCCAUUCGUCCUUUUAUAUGGGGUGGUUGUCUUUUCUUGGUCUGUUUUGGUCCUCUCCCUCGUGGGCUUGUGCUUGGGAUCAAAUCUCUCUGAACAUUUGACUUGGACCACAAGUGAAUCUUUCUCCUGGUGACUCAAAUAAAAAUCUAAUUUUUACCUGUG